AUGACCACCCCAUCCCGCGCAUCCUGGCGGGGGAUCAUAGACUCCCACCUCAGCCAAACACCCGACCACGAAUUCACAAUCGCCACCAUCGGGUUCGAUGACCAGAACCGCCCCGUUCCGCGAGUGCGCACCUGUGGCUUCCGCGGCUUCUUCCCCGAGCUCACACUACACCCCAGCGGCGGAAAGGAUAUGGAGCAGCAGGUAGAAGACGGCGGCAAUCCACCUCUGUACGACAGUGACAUGUUCACGCUCACCACCGAUGUGCGGAUGGAAAAGCUGGCGCAGUUGGAAUUGUCUGGCCGGCAGGUCGAGGCUGUCUUCUGGCUGAAGGACCUCAACACCCAGUGGCGGGUUAAGGGGAAAGCGUAUGCAAUUGGGAAUCCCUUUGGCGAGACAGAUACACAGGAGAAGUUGGCCCGGUCGGCAGUUCAAAGAGGGUUGAGGGUCAAGGAUGAUGGCGGUGCUAAUGCAUCGGGUAUGGAGAAAUGGUCUUGGGAGAAGGCUGUUACCAAGUACUUUGCCAAUCACUCUCCAUUUAUGAGAGGUAUGUCUUUCCUUGCUGUUGGUUUCCUGUUUGUCGCAUACAGAGACACAACACCAUGGCUUCUUUGUCUUGCUGCUUGGCUGUCCAUGCUGACCUAG